UGUUAACAUAUUGGUUGGAUUUAUAUAGAAAAAUUAUUAUCCAUGGAUAACCGUGGAUACCGGAAACCCGAACGGGUAUGGACAUGAUUUUAAUUUUCUACCCGUUUCUUAUAUGAAUAUAGAAAUAGAAAAAAACCCAAACUACUUUGAAUAUGAAAACGAAUAUUCACUAUCCAUCGCCGACCCGACAGCAUCCAUUUCCCUUUUCUUCUCACUUGGUCAUAACUCAUAAGUCAUAACUGACGUCCCUGAAAUUACUAAUCAACCCUCCCCCUUCUUUAUAAAUAAAAAAAACACACACUCUCUCUCUUUCUCUCUUCACACUAAUCAAUAAUUUCUUCCAACCUUUCCUCUUCAUUUCUCUCAAGACCGAACCGACCCGACCCGAUGGAGAAGAAUCCGCAUCGACGCAGCGUCAGCAAUUCCGUCAUCGUCCCGACGAAGCAGCAGCCGGCGUCCGCCGCCGCCGUGUGGGACUGCGGCAGCGCCCUCUACGACUCCUUCGAGCUCCGGUCGUUCGAGAAGCAGCUCUACUCCGCCAUCAACUCCCGGACCCUCUCCAUGCCCCAUUUACCCGACCGCCGGGUCGCGCCCGACCCGGCCCAGUCCAAUACGGCGCCGUUGCAUCAUCCCCCGAAGAAAAACAACAGUCUCGAUAAGAAUAUCAGCGAUCCGAUCCCCGAGGCUAAAAAGCGCGCGUCGUCGUCGUCGUCGAGGAUAUCCAAGUCCGUGCGGCGGUUCUUCAAGUCGGUGUUCAUUAAAGCGACGUCGUCUGGCGGCGGUAAUUACAAUCGGAAGGAGGAGGAUAAGAAACGGAGCUUUAACGGAGGCGAGGUCUACUUCGUGUACGACAAGACCGGGGCGCUUUCCACGAUUCCGGAGGUUCCGGAGAGCGAAAAAAAUUUCGGGCUGUCGAAUAUUAGUUCGCUGGCGAAGAGGAGUUUGUCGGAGAGGUUCACGGCGGCGACGACGGCGGCGGCGGUGGGUGUUUCAUGUCCAUGAAUUCGUGUUUUUUUUCCCCUUUCAUCUUUUGAUGUUUUUCCUUUUUUGUGUGUGGUAAUUAAAAAGGGAAAGUUGUGAUGCGUAAUUAAAAAGGGAAUUUUUUUUAGUGUAAAUGAUAAAUAAAUGAAUUAAGAAACGUAGUUUGUGUGUGUAAUUUGGAGAUUUAUUCAAUGCUUGUCACUAGUUUUGAUACGUUUGUAGUAAAUUUUAACGUUUUUGGUGUUUAUUGCCUUGUGGUUAAUUUUUCGUAGAUAUAUUUUGCUAGUUCCUUUUGCGUUGAUUGGUGAUUUACGAUACUAAAAUCUCAAUGGUGAGCGAUCUUUUUUUUUUUUUUUUUUGUCUACGAUUACUAAGAUGAAGAAGGUAAUAAAAUAGAAUUUCACUU